CCGAGAGGUGGGUGACCGGCCUUGCCUGACUUGAGUGGCCGGCGCAAUCAGACUUCCGUAUCCAUUUCUAAGUUCAAAUGCCAGGCAUUAAAUGAGCCACCGAAAUGCAACUCCCAUUAUCCUUUAAGCCAAAGCAAGCCUGUCAUGAGGCCAUGAGUUGUUGGAGAAAAACCCAGAUUACAGAGAGAAGAUUAUAAAUGCCAGAGCCAUUUAACUGAUGGUUAGCUGUUGAAUUCUGACACUUCCUUACAUAUCUUCUUGCACCAACAUCUUCACUGGGAAGAGUUCAGGAAAAGUAGCAGAGGGAAGGAGAGACAACAUUUACAUGUACCAUGGCUAUACCAAUAACAGUGCUUGACUGUGAUCUCUUGCUAUAUGGCCGAGGUCACCGGACACUGGACCGCUUUAAGCUGGAUGAUGUGACCGAUGAAUACUUGAUGUCCACGUAUGGGUUUCCUCGACAGUUCAUUUAUUACUUGGUGGAGCUCUUGGGGGCAAGUCUUUCUAGACCUACUCAGAGAUCCAGGGCUAUUAGCCCAGAGACACAGAUCCUUGCAGCACUGGGCUUUUAUACCUCAGGUUCUUUCCAGACUAGAAUGGGAGAUGCUAUUGGUAUCAGUCAGGCAUCUAUGAGUCGAUGUGUUGCCAAUGUCACGGAAGCACUUGUGGAAAGAGCCUCGCAGUUCAUUCACUUUCCAGCUGAUGAAGCCUCCAUGCAGGCUCUGAAGGAUGAAUUCUAUGGGCUGGCAGGGAUGCCAGGGGUGAUAGGAGUGGUUGACUGUAUCCAUGUGGCAAUCAAGGCACCAAAUGCUGAAGACCUCUCCUAUGUGAACCGCAAAGGUCUGCAUUCUUUAAAUUGCCUGAUGGUGUGUGACAUCAGAGGGGCACUGAUGACCGUGGAGACAAACUGGCCAGGUAGCCUACAGGACUAUGCUGUGCUGCAGCAGUCUUCUCUCAGAAGUCAGUUUGAAGCUGGAAUGCACAAAGAUAGCUGGCUUCUUGGAGACAGUUCCUUCUUUCUCCGUACCUGGCUCAUGACCCCACUUCACAUUCCUGAAACUCCAGCCGAAUAUCGCUAUAAUAUGGCCCAUUCUGCAACUCACAGUGUGAUUGAGAAGACUUUCCGAACCCUCUGCUCCCGAUUCCGCUGCCUGGAUGGAUCCAAGGGCGCUCUGCAGUACUCACCUGAGAAGUCCAGCCACAUCAUCUUGGCUUGUUGUGUCCUCCACAACAUCUCCUUGGAGCAUGGGAUGGAUGUUUGGUCCUCUCCAAUGACAGGACCCAUGGAACAGCCUCCUGAGGAAGAAUAUGAGCACAUGGAGUCCCUGGACCUAGAGGCUGACCGCGUGCGUCAGGAGCUGAUGCUCACUCAUUUUAGCUAAUGUGAAGGUGGGGAGGAGGGAAACUUUCGGAAGGAGUCGUGACAAACUUUCCCCCUCCACCACCCCCUACACAGUUCCAUCAUCUAGCGUGAUUGAGUGUGUGGACACUUGUCACAAACUGACAUUUAAUCUGUGUGUUUUAGAAGGGUUGGGGCUAUGCCAGAAUAUCUUGAUUCAUUUGCAAAUUUAUUAACUAAACCAAAACCAAGACAAGAAUUCCCUAUUAUCUGUUGAACUCCAGGCUGAGCGCUACUCAUUGGAAAGCUCACUGGUUGCAGACAUUUAUGAUUGUGCCUAUAAAAUCAAAGCAAAGGGGAAAAUGGCAUCUAGCCAGAACACUUUUUGUUUCAAUUAUCUAGCGAUUUCAAAUGAAAAUAAUAUUUGUUUGUCCUGAAUUAUUUGGAUAGUAUUUUAGCUUUUCUACUGUGCUGCCUAUGUAGGCAUAAUCUGAGGCAAGUGUAAAGAGUAAAUUUAGGGCCGGCCCUGUGGCUUAGCGGUUAAGUGCCCGCGCUCUGCUGCUGGCGGCCCAGGUUGGUAUCCAGGCGCGCCCCGACGCACCGCUUCUCCGGCCAUGCUGAGGCCGCCUCCCACAUACAGCAACUAGAAGGAUGUGCAGCUAUGACAUACAACUAUCUAUUGGGGCUUUGGGGGGAAAAAAAUAAAUAAAUAAAAUUAUAAAAAAGAGUAAAUUUAAGUUGGGGAAUGGUCUUCUGACAUAAGUAAAUGGCUACCAAUAUGAGUUUGAAGCUUUGUUUUUUAAGAGAAUAUUAGGGACAAUCUGAAACCUUCAUCUUUAGUCUUUCUGCAAUAACUGGAUUAUGACUUGGGCCUAGUUCCUAGGGAGAACAUCUGGACCCCAGUCUCCUAUUUCCAACCCUGAGUAGGAGUUAGAGGCUAAAUGGGUUUAAGAACCCAAUCAACUUAAAGAAGACAAGUCAGAUAUAAACAAAAUAGCAAGCUUACACUUUAUAGGAGAUCUAAAGACCCUGAUAGAUUGAUGGACAAAGGAGAUUCACCCAGCUUUUGACAGCUCACGUCUAAAUGGAUCCCAUUUCUUAUGAUCAUGAUGUUAGAAUGUCUGUCUGACCUUUCUACUUUGAAAUUCCUUGUACAGAAGGAAGAUUUAGGGACUAAAGAAAGUAUGUGAAAAUAUUAAAAAGGAGAGGUAAAAGGAAUAUAAUUCCUUGGUUUAAAUGAAUUCUGGAGUUAGACCUACUUGAAUAUCUUAUGUGCAAAGUGAUGGACAGAAUUUCCUAGGAAAUAAACAACCCCCACCAAGUCUUGUUCUAAAAUAAUACUGAUAUUGGGCGGGCCCCGUGGCUUAGCGGUUAAGUGCACGCGCUCCGCUGCUGGCCGCCCAGGUUCGGAUCCCGGGCGCGCACCGACGACACCGCUUCUCCAGCCAUGCUGAGGCGGCGUCCCACAUACAGCAACUAGAAGGAUGUGCAGCUAUGACAUACAACUAUCUACUGGGGCUUUGGGGGAAAAAAAUAAAUAAAUAAAAUCUUUAAAAUAAUACUGGUAUAAAAAUAACCUGAUUGGAAUAAUGAAAGUGUGAAUUAGGUUCACACAUUGGUGCCUUUGCUGGGACAAAAAAGAGACUUUCCUGAGGAUUGUCUUGUUCCCAGUUUCUCAGCCACUCACCAUGUGAUACCUCUGACUUGUCCUCUUGGAUGAUUUCCUACCUGCCUUUGGCAGUGUUAAUCUGGUGAUUUUCAAAGUAAAGAAAUGAACAGCUGAUGACAGAAGAAAUUUGGAAAUAAAUUAGGGGUGACUCAUCCUCAAGAUUAAAAACAAUUAUGGAUUAUUAUCUGCUGUUUAUUCCUACUCCAAAUGCUAUUUCCCAUCAUCAUCCUACUCUAUAAAGAGUGGGUCCAUUUGGUAGGAGGUUGAGCUUAAUAUGUACAAUGAUGUCAUUGAGAUAGGAGUGAACAAUGAAGAGGUGACUGGAAACUUGAGCUCUAUUCAUUGUGCAACAGAGGUGCCCUGUUACCUUUUAUUUUUUUGUAAAGUUUAACUUGUGACCCAAGUAUGCCUUGUCUCCCUCCUAAGGCAAUAUUUUAACUCUUACAGUCUUUCUAAGUUUCCUGAGAUGGGAAUUUUUCCCAAUAAAGUUUUGGUUCUAUUAUGAAUAUUGCAUGAGAAAAGGGCUACUGCCACCCAUGUAUCAUAAGUGGCAAGGUGGAGGGUGAUUUUGGAAAGUGCCUAGCAUUUUUAGCCUUAAAAACUAAGUUAGGGCUGGCCCUGUGGCCGAGUUGUUAAAGUUCCAUGCACUCAGCUUGGGCAGCCCGGGUUCAGGGGUUCUGAUUCCGGGUGCGGACCUA